AUGGACGAUACACCCAGGGCCUUGCCCGUCCAUCCAAUUGACAAAUAUGGUCCUAAACUCGUCGAAAAGGCUGAUAAGAUUCAUCGUCGAGUCACUAUGAAUGAGGACUCUCAACCGGCAGGUGGUUUCGAUGCCACGCCCAUCCCACCUGCCCCUCCCGGGUAUACCCUGAAGAUUACCUUCCAUCGCGCGGACGACCUGCCUGUCGCAGACUUUGGCAGCUUCUCCUCCGACCCCUAUGUCAGUGCGCACAUGGUCGUCGACCUCCCGAGGCGUCAUAAGCAGGACCCCGCCGUGCGCUUUCGUACCCCGACCGUGCGCAAGGACAUGAAUCCAACCUGGGACUGCGAGUGGAUUGUCGCGCAUGUCCCCGCCUCCGGCUUCCAGUUGAAGUGCCACCUCAUGGAUGAGGACCCCGCGGAUCACGAUGAUAAACUCGGCAUCGCCUUCAUCGAUGUCCCGGCCCUCUCCGAUACCUGGGCCGGAUUCAAGGAGAAGCGCUUCAAAGUGAAAAAGCGCUUUGGGAGUAAGCGCGUUUAUGUCUUUACUAAUGUGACAGCCUUUGCGACGGGUCACCACAAGGAAUCGUGGCUGACGGUCAGCAUCGAGUGCCUCGGCAAGACCCCCGGGAAGAAUGGCGGCCAGAUGUACACGAUUGGACCCAAUCACUGGUUUAAACACUUCUCUCCGUUGAUUGGUAGGCUGGCUGGUAUCAAAGAUCAAGUUCAAAGUACCGAUGGCAGUGGCAAGUCAAUAAGUCGUUACAACUUCCAAGCUAUCCAGAUGCAGCUCACAGGACCCGUUCCAGCAGAACUAUAUCAUCGCUAUGUAGAGUUCAGACCUUUCGUGGCAGGCAUGUUCCAGGCGCAGAGCCUGCGGGGACGAAUCCUACAUAAAGCACUUCAUCACCAACACCAGCGCAUUUACAACUUUGAUCGUACCACCCUGCAUGGGUCCUUCCUCACUCCGUGUCGCGAGUUUUCUCAGAAAUUCCUCGAAUUUGCGCACUAUGGCCAAGGGGGACGGAUCUUUACUUACGUGCUCACUUUGGAUGGCCAACUCCGCUUCACUGAGACCGGCAAAGAGUUUGGCAUUGACAUGCUGAGCAAGCACACCAUGCACAGCGACGUGUCGAUCUACAUCGCCUACUCGGGUGAAUUCUUCCUGCGGCGUCGCAAGUACCGCCAUCGCCACAACUCCCCCGAAGGCCGCGCGGAACGCGCCGAGGCCGAGUCCAGCACCGUGCCGACGGACGAGUACCCGGUGGAAGAAGACCAAUCCCAGUUGGAAGAGGGGGAUUUGGGUCGGAGUGACGAAGGGAUCCCGAUUUCGACCAACCCCGCCGACUACGAACUGUUUAUUGACAACGACAGUGGAACCUACCGCCCCAACGCGGAAAAGCUGCCCCUGUUGCGCGAAUUCUUCUCCCUCAACUUCCCCGAACUUCACGUUACCACUCUCGACUGCCAGGCCGAUGCAGAGCGCAUGGGCAAGCUUAAGGAAGAGCAGCGUGAAUUCAAGAAAAACGAGGGCAACGUCAUCACCUUCCUUCAACAGAGCAGCGUCUCUUCCUUGUCGAUUUCCAGUUCGGAUGAAGAUGAGCUCAACGAGCGCAGUGGCCAACCCAAGCAGCGCGGCGAUCUGGCUCGUCGCGUGCACGAGAUGCGUGAUCUGCGCGGGCAGGUGAUGCGAUGGGUGGAGGCGGACGAGAAGCCCGACGGACACAAACAUAAACAUCGCUACUUCUCGGGGCGGGAACGUGCAGUGUCCACGGGGGCCAUCCCAGCCUCCCAGCGUCCUGAACCUGAUCGUGCCGUGACUGAUCACCCUAGCCUGGCGACGUGA